CCACAGUCCAUUGCAUCAUGUCCGUGAAAUGCUGGGUUGAUGCUGGGUCCCCUCCAAUAUUUAGGAUAGGAUCUUGGAAAUUGAAGCUAGAAGAACUACUCCUACGCCUCUCACGCAAAAAUACGAACAAAGAGAAACGAAAAAAAUGACUCAACAUUUAAUGACUGGCCGUGUUGGAGGUCCUGCAGCACGCCGAGCAGCUACUCGCGCGUGGUCGGGGUCGCAACCUGGCCUCUCUCAACGGGUUCUUGUGACGCAAAGGCGCCCGUUUAACUCCUUCGCGUCCUCCCUACGAGACACUGUAUCGGACUUCAUCGACUCCACACGGUCCCCUAGCUCAUCAUCGUCGUCCUCUUUGCCGACAUCCUCUUUAAGUAGUAGCGUCUCCUCGACGUCAGGAGCUCAAAAUGCCAUUUUCCCGGAGCAGCAUCCUGAUGACCGAGUGGGCUCAGCACGGUUAUCAGGUAGAAGUGACUCGAAAGACGCCUUUCGGAGCAACUUUUACCUAGGCGUCGAAGGCCUCAGACGGCCAUCUGAUUUCCCGCGGUUGGCCAGAGCAGCGAUCGCAGAUGCAGAUCGUCAGAUUAGAAGUAUCAAAGUUAGGUGGAUGGAUCUAAGGCGAUGCGUUUCUUGUAGUAGAACUAGAAGUAUCGAGCAAAUACAAUUACAAAGAGAAUUAUGCGAAAGCGAAUGGCUUCUAGGUUGGUAGGAAUACAAAAUUUUGUCAGGGGACCCAGCUCUCCUCUCUAAAAUCCGCGAACAACUACGACCACCCACACCGACUCCUCGCCAACUCCUUCGCUCUCUCGACGCUGUUUCAGCCUCCCUGUGCAACAUCGCAGAUGCGGCGGAACUUACGCGCAAUGUCCACCCUAAUACCAAGUGGGGAGACAGUGCCAACGAAGCCGUGAACGAGAUCGCCGGUUUCAUGAGCGUCGUGAACCUGGAUGAGGAAAUUUUUGCUGUGAUGCGCGAGUCAGCUGGGAGGUGGCUGGCGUCUUCGUCUAAUCGUAGUGAUCUAGAAUCUUCUUCUCCUGUUAAGGUCAACCUUUAUAGUGUCUAUCUUCCUCGGCAUCUUGGUAGUGGUACCCUUUUAUUUUCCUUGUAUUUUUAUUUUAUUUGUGAAAUACGAGGGAAAACCAGGGGCCAAGAUCAUGAGGGGGCCGAGAAGAUGCAAUCUAGCAGACUCUAACUCUGGGACGAAGGACGAUAAGGUCGUUAGCUCAGGAGACCGUGAACUCCUUGCCAGAGGUUGGAGACGGAUACGGAGGCAUGCUUCUAGUGCUACAACUGCAGUAUUAAACGAAGACUCUUUGAAAGAGUCUUCUUUUGCCGACCUAAGUUCGAUCGAACCAGAUCUCAACGUAGAAGAAACCGCUGUUUUCGGACACAUGCUAGAAUCCAUGGCCAAUGAGGGGGUAGGAAUGCCGGAUGCCGACAAACGCGAGUGUCUGGAACUACAGUUAAGGCUCAACUUUCAAUGGUCAUCGGGGUUGGUCACUGAGAUUGAAGAGGCGACCUCCCCUUGAGAGUAGAACAGGGGAAAACGAAGGGAAAGAAGGAGGUCUCUUCCGUUCAGCAUCAGUGACCAUUGAGUGCUGAGCUUUAAUACAGGGAAAGGAACAGGAGCUCGCAUUUCAACUAGCUGGCGCAGCAGCAGGUGAAAUAUUAAGGCUUGUUUCCCUAAUCAUCCAUUCUUGUAGAUGUAGACAUCCCUCAAACAUAUGCGCUCCAAUACAAGGGAGAUACAAGCCGUGACGCCCAAUACAAUUGAGGGACUUCCAUAGGGAUGAAUAGGGGACGAGAGCUCUAAAAAUACAAGUUGUUCAAGGUCAGGGAGGUGAUAAAUCUAAAGAAAAAUCUUCUGUUGUAGAGGAUCAUUGGGAUCAAGUGACUUCAGGAGACAUGAAAAAGGCGGAGCCGAUGCUUAGUCCGUUGUUGCCGUACUUGGAGCAACGAAGGGGUGGAGGGAUAUUUUCCAAAUUUAUGAAAGAGUUGAAAGCGGUAUGAAACGAAAAAGUGUACUCAUCCUCAAGAAAGUAGGCACUUUCUAAAUAGGAAAGAACCUCUUUUCUUGAGUAUGAGCACACUUUUUUCUGUCAUAAGCGGAUGGAUAAUCAUAGUCUCUGAAUGUGUAUGCUUCCGGUAUAAUUUGGUAACCUGAAUUUGAUCAUUUAAAGGAAAACAAGAAGAGAACCCUUCUGAUCGAAUUCAGGUACCAAAUACCGGAGCCAUUCAGAAUGAUUUCAAGAUCUAGAUGGAGAAGGAGAACUUCAUCCUUGUCAGCGUUGUAACAUAACCAUGAUUUCGGUUAUCACGACGAUCCUCUACUCGCGUAUACAUAGUACCGUUUCGUCCUCGUUCUUUUCCCCAAUUUCAUUUCCCCACCACCUGAAGUGAAUCUUGCAGGGGAACAGAUGGCUGCGAAUCCACACCUCGCUGAAGCGAUGCUCCGCUACUGCCCUAUCGAAGCUGCUAGACGAAAAACCUUCGCCAUCCAGCAUCGGGAGAUACCUGGCGUCGAGGAGCAGUUGGUGGAAUUGUUUUAUGGCAAGCUACUUAUGUAUAGUCAUAGUCUAGCAUGAUCGGUCUAAGGAUAUCUUCGUGUUGUGAAUCGACUUUACACUAGACUUUCGCUCCUGAUCAAAUUCACAUGCAAGUGGAAUAGUAUAAGCUGAAAACAUCUAGUACGGGCGCCGUCUGCAGCAGUACUCAUCUAAUCCCCAAAUGCCCGAACGCGGUUAGCGCAGCUUCGUGGCUACGACACAUGGAACAUCUAUGCACAAAGAGACUCGAUCCUUGGCGGCCCUGGAAAUGUGAAUCGAUUUCUGCGUGCAGCUUGGGAGGCCCUGAAGCCUGGACUGCAAGAGGAGUUGAAGGUGCUCGGAAGCAAUCUAGAGGGUGACGUCAUCCACCCAUGGGACGUGGCGUUUCUGACUGAACUUAUGACUUAGUUCUUCGGUAGUUUGGAUCUGUGAGUUUCUCUUUCAUCUUGUAGAAUAAAUUCCUCUUGCAGCUGUUCGACGGUAGGUAGGCGUUGACUUUUUAAUAUGGUUUCCGAAAAAUCGGAGGGACUCUCUCUCUCUCUUUCAAGACUUUGAUGAUACCCAAGAACCUUCCCUCCCAACCUUCCCUCUUCUAAUCGGCAGCAUAAACGCAGUCUGGGCAGUUCUCUCGACUCCAUCGGUGCUCAUCUCUCCCUAGAAGCACUCAUGAACGGCGUAAACAUCGUUCUCGAGCAUCAGUUGAAUCUGCGUUUCACGGAAAGGCGUUGCGAUCCAAAGUUGGAGGUGUGGCAUCCCACAGUCCGAAAGUGGACUUUAGAAAGCAAGAAUGGUGCAGAACUUCUUGGCGUCCUGUAUGUCGACGCUUUGCCACGGCAGAACAAACGCGUACAAUCCGCACAGUUUACGUUGCAGGGGAGCAGGAUUGUGGAGCAUGAAGGACACCAUCAUUUUGCAGGAGCUUCUACUGGAGAUAGUGGCAUUUUUAAAGAAAAAAAGAUGCCUCGCGCUCUUCCCUGCACUGCUUUAGUCUGUUCCAUCCCGGAGGGAAAUAUCCCGCCCUCCGCAGCUUUGACUUUCAUGCACGAAGUGGGCCAUUGCGUUCAUAGCUUGUUGUCUCAGACGGAGUUUCAAUCCCUAUCCGGCACUCGCGGAGCUGUAGAUUUUGUGGAGUUUCCCAGCCAUCUGUUCGAAUACUACGUUAUGGACCCGGAUAUGUUGGAGAAAAUGCUAGCGAUUCCUCCUAGUCCAUCUGGACACGGUGGUGGACAAGUAGGACAUCUUCGAGAUACAGGCUCUUCAACAUCGUCCAUGUCAUCACUACAGAGAGCUGCCUUGCAAGAUUUCCGCAAGCACCGUCAUUUGUUCUCGCAUAUAGAAGCCUGCCAGCAGUUACUUUUUGCCGCGGUCGAUCAGGAAUUCUACAACUGUCCACUUGGCGUAGACGUCAAGGAAAUGCGGGAUCGAGUUUUUAGCCAGAUCGGAGACAAUUUCCCAGACUUGAAGAAAAUGGUGAACGCAAAAGAUGGAAGCUUCGUGCACUUUGCAUCUAACGCGCCCAAGAAUAGCGCAUCUGGAACUUCGACAAGUCCUAAUCCUAGUGCUAGUGGAGCAACAAAUUCAACCUCAUCUUCAUCCCCUUCUAGCAGUACAAGUACCCUACACCAAAUUUUGAGUCCACUCCCCUUAUCCCGUUUCGAGCACCUGAUUCACUACGGUGGAAGCUAUUACUGCUACCUCCUCAACAAAGUGCUGGCCUGCCACACGUGGAGACAUGGAGGCUUUGCACCAGGUCCAGGUGUAGGACGUGUAGCUGAUGUCAAGAACACAACUUCUGGAGCAAGUAGUCCUGGAGGGCCUGGAGACCGACUAUUGCAGUUUAUGCAUCGAGGGUCUGUCGCGGCGCAUAUGAACAGCAUCCUAGCUCUGGUUCCGCCACUUGAGAAACGGGCUGCUAUCAGUUGGCAAGAGAGCUGCUCAGGUCGUCUAAACUGGGAUAUUGAUUUGGAUGCGUAUGUAGAGGAGCUGAGAAGAAAGUGAUAAAAAAGCUCAUGUGGACAAGGUGGACGAUUACGACCUGAUCAUACUCAACGCGUAUGUCAAGUACCAAUUAAGUGCGACUACGAUUAUUUGGAUUCAUCAGCAUGAAUUAUUUUUCAGAUUCAGGACAGCAGCUCCUGAGUCAAUCAUGGGAGACCCGGUCUGCGCAGUAGAACGCACGUUACAGAUUCAGAUGCUACAAAUGCAAUGAAUGGAC